AUGGCAGCUUACCACACUCGCUCCAAUAGCUUGCCUUCUAGGCAACACCCUCUCGUUCCCGAAUUUGAUGCACAGUUGUCCAGAUUGAGAUCUUCCGAAGACGCCUCUUCUUCAUCAACAUCGCUAAGCGGCAAACUUAGCGGACUUCAAGAUCUGCAUGAUUGUCUUGACAAGUUGCUUCUAUUACCACUUAACCAAGCAGCCUUGUCCAAACAGCAAAAGGAGAAAUUGGUUGAUGAGCUUUUGGAUGGAUCUCUUAGACUCUUGGAUAUAUGCAACACAGCCAAGGAUGCCUUGCAGCAAACAGGGGAAUCCACACAAGAACUUCGAUCAAUUAUUCGCAGGAGACAUGGUGGUGAAUCAAGUCUAUCGAGUGAGGUCAAGAAAUUCUUGUUGAACUCCAGGAAAGUGGUGAGGAAGGCACUCCGAAAGGCCAUGGGAAACAAAUGCGCCUUCGGUGUCCUUAACAAGGAUGAAGAAAUUCUUAGCGUGUUGAGAGAGGUUCAAUCAAACAGUUUUCGAAUCAUUGUUUUCCUUCAUCUCCGGGCCAAAGUCGAGAAGCUGGUCACUGGCGCGGAUGCUGGAUUGAACUUACUGAUGAGCUACAAGAUGAAGAAAUCAGACAACACGCUUGCAGAGAAUGCGCAAAACGAGCUUCAGAAAUUGGAGAUGUGCAUUCAAGAUCUAGAAGAAGGAGUUGAGAACCUUUACAGGAGUCUGAUCAAAACCAGAGUUUCUUUGCUCAAUAUUCUCAAUCAUUAG